UCCCCCAUUCUCGUCGUCUCCUUUCCGCCGCUUCUCUUCUCACCGUGCAAACCCCCCCCAGCCCCAGUGAAUCAUAGGGUUUAGCGACUAAACCACCGCGGCGCCGAUGGACGUCGACUCGGACCCCGCCGCCACGAGCAAGCCUACCCAGAUGGACCUCGAGCAACAGGCGGACGCGAAGGGGAAGGGGACAGCAGAGGAUGGGAGCAUGAAGAGCGAGGAGCUCGCGGACUCCAUCGGGGGCCUCUCCAUUGGCCCGGGGCGCACCAAUUUCAAGAAGAAGCCCGUGAUAAUCAUCGUCAUCGGCAUGGCCGGGACGGGGAAGACGACCUUGAUGCACCGGCUGGUGUGCGAUAUGCAAGCCUCAAACAAGAGGGGCUAUGUCGUUAACCUUGACCCAGCGGUGAUGACACUGCCGUUCGGAGCCAACAUUGACAUCCGUGACACAGUGCGGUAUAAGGAUGUCAUGAAGGAGUACGGCCUUGGCCCCAAUGGUGGCAUCCUCACCUCGCUCAACCUUUUUGCCACCAAGUUCGAUGAGGUUGUUUCUGUCAUUGAAAGACGUGCAGAUCAACUGGAUUAUGUACUUGUGGACACUCCUGGGCAGAUUGAGAUCUUCACUUGGUCGGCUUCGGGAGCUAUCAUUACUGAAGCUUUUGCAUCAACAUUUCCAACGGUUGUUGCAUUUGUUGUUGACACACCCAGAUCAACAAGUCCUGCUACUUUUAUGAGCAAUAUGCUUUAUGCCUGCAGUAUUCUCUACAAAACCCGCCUCCCUCUAGUCCUGACAUUCAACAAGGUUGAUGUUGCCAAGCACGAGUUUGCAAUCGAAUGGAUGGAAGACUUUGAGGCGUUUCAGACAGCAUUGGAGUCAGAUAAAUCUUAUUCCGCUACAUAUACCCGUAGCCUCUCUCUGGUCCUUGACGAAUUCUACAAGAAUCUACGGUCUGUUGGGGUAUCUGCGGUGGCUGGUACUGGAGUCAAUACAUUUUAUGAAGCUAUAGAAGCAAGCGCCAAGGAAUAUAUGGAAACCUACAGGGCUGAUCUUGACAAGAGGAUUGCUGAGAAGGAAAGAUUGGAGGCAGAACGCAGGAAGGAGAACAUGGAAAAAUUGCAGAGAGACAUGAUGAAAUCUAAAGGACAAACUGUGGUGCUCAGCACUGGUUUGAAGGACAAAAAUCCUGCUUCAGACAUGAUGGAUGAUGCUGAGGAUGAAGAAGAUGAGGAAUUUGAAGAGUCUGGUUUUAUUGUGGAUGAUGAAGAGGAGGAAGAUGAAGGAGAAGAUGAGGAAGUGGCUCAUUUUGGCUUUUGAGGGUAACCAAACAGCAACUUGGUGGUGGCGUGGUGCACUGAUGGAUAAUCCAUGACUUUGCUCGCUUGUUUAAGGUUUACUGAACUGGCAAAAAACUGUUGAUAUCUGUAGGUUGACUCUGCUAUUACUCUGUAAAUCAAAUCAAGCACUUUAUGUAAACUCACACUCCGUAUCUUGGUGCUGGCAGUGCAUGCCGUAUUUUCUGAGACUUGGAGGUUCAAUUUGAUCCCUUCGCUGAGUUGAUGAUGCAAGCUGAAUUGGUCGAGUUGUGCCAUGUAAUCUCUCGCGCCAAGUCUUGAGUAACGUAAUCCUUAACUGGACCUAUGGUCAAAUUGACCAUUUAGCUAACAUCGUCUUAUCACUGCCACAAUUAUACAGUCUUUUUGUUUGUUCAAACUGUAAUUCUAGCCGUCGGCAAGAACAUGGACACGAAAGAAAGUUUCCCCCGCCAAUUGCCUGAAAUCCGAAGUAACCAAGAAAGCGUGUGUUUUUUUCUAUGGAAAGGGAGCGUUUUAGUGUAACAUCUUUUUUUUUUUUUGAGAAGGUUUUGAUGUACAUGUAGUGAUCGCUUCUCUGCGAUGAAAGCCCAAUCCUCAAAACAUGGAGAAAGCGCGAAAGCCCGCUCAGCAGGGAGUAAGUCCGGCCCAUACGACCACACAAACUCGCCCCAACCCAGCGGUGCAAGGCUCUCUCAAGCCUCGCCCCCGCACCUCAUCAGAGAGACGCCCCCCCUACCACCACCACUCGCAAGGCCACGACGGCGAGAUGUUCCUGCGGCGGAUCCUGACCGGCGGGGGCGGCCUGGCGGCGCUGCGUGCGGCGCGCGCCGUCAAGGAGACGACGGGGAUCGUGGGCCUCGAUGUGGUGCCCAACGCGCGGGAGGUGCUCAUCGGUCUCUACACGCGCACGCUCAAGGAGAUCGAGGCGGUCCCCAAGGACGAGGGCUACCGCAAGGCCGUCGAGUCCUUCACCAACCACCGCCUCCAGAUCUGCCAGGAGGAGGACGACUGGAAGCGCAUCGAAGACCGAAUCGGAUGCGGGCAGGUCGAGGAGCUCAUCGAGGAGGCCGAGGACGAGCUCAAGCUCAUCGCAAAAAUGAUUGAAUGGGAUCCCUGGGGUGUUCCUGAAGACUAUGAAUGCGAGGUGAUUGAAGAUGACACCCCAAUUCCUAAGCAUGUUCCUCAGCACAGGCCUGUUGCGCUUCCUGAGGAGUUCUUCAAGACACUAGAUGCUGUCAAAUCUGAUCCCGCUCUGCAGGGCGAUGCUCCUCCUCAAGUGAAGGCAUAAAGAUGGGGAGUCUUCAUGAUUAUGGCAUUUCACAUUUUGCUGCGUUGAGUAGACUAGUUUCUUGUGCCAUUUGCCAGCAAUGUGCUUGUUGUUCCAAGCAGAAUAAAUUUCUGGUGAGUACUAUCAAAUAGUGACUUUCAAACUCAGUGGUUUGACACAGUAAAUUUGUUGUCCAUGAAUCCAUAAUACCCCUAAAACAUCAUUUACUUUGAUGUUA